AUGCCGAAAAAAAGGCAUGCUAAUCAUGAUUCUUGGGACCCAAAGGCGGUCACAAAGAAGUUUAAAGCAACAAGAGGUACAGAGUUGGAUGAGUUUUUGGUCAUCGGUAUCGAUUUUGGGACGACCUACUCUGGUGUUGGCUGGGCUACAGCGGAAGACUUCGGAAACGACCAGAUCAAUUUCAUUACCAUUUGGCCCGAUGCCGACCUGGAAGAGGCGAAGGUCCCUACCGCCUUGGUCUACAAACCCGACGGCACUCAGUCAUGGGGUUACCAAGUUCCCUUUGAAGAGAAAGACCGCCUCUCCUGGUUCAAGCUUUUGCUUCUCCGCGAUGAGGAUGUCCCCAAAGAGAUCAAAAAAUCUGAACCUCUUCAACGAGCGCGACAACUCCUAGACAAACUCGGCAAGACACCAGUCGAAGUAAUCGCGGACUAUCUGAGAGAGCUUUGGGAGCACACUCUCGAAAUCAUUGCCAAGGCACGGUCGCCAACUCUUGUGGACGCACUCAAGUUCCAUGUUGUCCUCACUGUCCCCGCCAGCUGGAAGGACUAUGCGAGGCGAGCCAUGAAGGAUGCAGCGAAACGUGCUGGCAUCACUUCAGAUCGCCCUGCUGGGGAGACUGUCCUUUCGUUUGCCAUGGAGCCAGAAGCCGCGGCACUCGCCACGAUCUGGGAGAAAGAGCGUCACCUGAAGGCUGAUGAUGUUUACAUGAUCUGUGAUGCAGGUGGCGGCACUGUCGACAUCAUUACAUACAAGGUUGGGAGCUUGGAUCCAAUCGAGCUACACGAGGCUGCUGGAGGCGAAGCGGGAAUUUGUGGAGGAAUGUUCAUCGAUGAGAAGUUUCGUCUCAUUUGCAAAGCUCGACUCGGCCGCCACUGGUUCAAUCUAACUCUGAAAGGCAUCGGCGAAAUCAUGCACUCCCAGUGGGAACAUGGCACCAAGACAAUCUUUUCGUUGAAGAACGACAAGAAGAAAUACAUCAUCAGCGUCCCGGCCGAGGCAUUUGCAACGAAGAAAGAUAUGAAUGACCAAUCUCGAGAACCGAAGAUUAUAGAGGGACGAAUCUACUUCUCUGCUUUGGACAUUCAGAAGGCAUUUGAUGAAUCAUUUGCCAAGAUUGGGGAUCUCGUUUCUCGGCAGAUCUCGAAGUCUGCCCCUUACCCCGUCACGGCUAUCAUUCUGGUUGGAGGGCUUGGUUCAAGCCCCUACCUUUAUGAAUAUCUGUCUAACAAGUACAAGGGUAGGCCAGAGGUCUUGCAAGCUGGUGGAGCGAAACCACGCAGCGCGAUAUGUCGAGGAGCCGUCUAUAAGGGCUUUAUGGACAGACUCAACGGAAACCCCGCCGGCCUUUCUACCCGGGCACACAUGUCCGUGGUCUCGACUAUCGCUAGGCUUAGCCUAGGUGUUGAAGUAAGUCGGCCGUUCAUACAAGGCUUCCAUCGCGAAGAGGACAAAUACUGGGGCCGUCUUGAAGGUAAAUGGAUGGCACAGCGCCAGAUGCUAUGGUACUUGAAGAAGGGGGAUGUGGUCAUGGCGGCUGAGCCCAUCAAGCACUUUUUCUACCACAUUUUCGAGAAAGAUUCAAACAAGAAGGGGAUCACCAUGAAAUUGCUUCAAUGCGAGCUGGACGACCCGCCGGACCGACUCGACGGAUCUGUUACUAAGAUGGGUUCGAUGUACUGCCAAACAAGUCAUCUGGUCAAAGAUUUUGACCUUUUCAUAUCUCCACAAGAUGAAAAGUGUAAGAAGAUGAACUACGAAGCGGAAAUGGUGCCAUCCGGAGCGUCAACGAUCUUUACAGUCUAUUUCAAAGGCAAGAAGCUCGGAACCCACGAGUGCCAGCUGGAUCUCACCUGA